UGUUCUUCAGAGGAAGAGGAAGACAAGGUCACUUGAUUCAAUUUUGCUUGAGGUUUGUCCGCUUGAUGCCCCCUCUGCAGGUGGUCGUCCGUGUAGCCUUAAAAGACCACGCAACCUCAGUGGGCUAUGAGAUAUCUGCUGGAAUGGUGAUCCAUUUCAACUUUUUUGGGGCACAUACAGACCCUAAGAUUUUCCCUCAUCCAAAAAAGUUUUUGCCGGAGAGAUGGAGUCAGGAUAACAAAGAUGACCGAGGAAGAAUUUUUGCCUUUGGAGCUGGACCACGAGAGUGCAUUGGAAAGAGGAUGAUUUGGGACAUAAUGAUGAUGUUUUUGCAAGACUUCUUUUUGUAAAAGAAUUUAUUG